ACUAAUGGAAGCUUAUUGUGAAGUGUUUCUUUAAGUGAUGAUCGUGUUCUGAUCAUGUGACCUCUGGUCUCUAAGCCCGCAGAGCCUCCUGGGUUUAGUGGAGAUGGAGCGGAAACUCCGAGAGGCCAAAGCGGAGCGGGAACGUCUGCUGAAGGAGAGAGAGGAGCGGCUUCUGGCAGAACAACGCCGAGAGAAAGAGCUGGAAUCUGUCCAGAUGCAGACGGAUGCACGGAAAGCAGAGCUGCACGACGAGGAGCGACUGCAGAUCAACUCAACACACAGAAACCUGGAGCAGGGCGUCCCGCUGUCUCUGACGGUGAACUUUGACCUGCGGGCUCACGUGGAGGCUCUGGGUCAUAACGUGUCGGGCUGUAUGGGGGUCAAUCUGUCUCCCCGGAGGUGCGGCGGCUUUCUGACCAAACGCGGAGGACGAGUGAAGACCUGGAGGAGGAGGGGGUUCAUCUUCGAUCUGGACCACCAGAGACUGGCCUACUACAUCGGUGAGACACACAAACACACCGCUUUCUUUACAGCCACAUUAUUUCCAGCGUCUCACCAAUACUCCACCAUUACAACAGCUCCAGGAUCUGAUUUUCAAAUGCAGUUCAAAUCACAAUAUAUGACGAAUAUAUGA